CAGGCGAAUUUUUCGAUUUGAUGGUGGUGGGUUGAAGAGGAUGGAUUAUACACUGGCAGCACUGAAAUUGCUUUGCUCACAGCUACACUAUGCCAAAGAAACCAAAACCCAUCAAAACCAGCCUGCUUUCACUCUUUCCGGCAUUCUUUUUCAACGUGCUUGGCUCCAGGGUGUUCUGGUUUCAACGCCAACUACUGACCCUUCUGGACGAUUUCUCCUCGAUGAUGGCACUGGGAUCAUUGAACUCCAACUCAUUGGCGACUUCCUCCCUCUUUCUUGGGAGAAAGGAAUGUACGUUAUGGUUGUUGGAGCGUAUUUUGUCCAGAAAGGCGGCCUCCCCUUAAUUAAGCUACCGAUCAAAUAUUUUCCAUCUCGUCUAAAUUCAUCUCCAUUCUUCUAUGAAAGAAAGUUCUGCAUUUGGUAAUGCUCCUGAGUCCUUAAUUUUGAUGUCUAAUAUUGAAUUUUUAUUAGUUUAGUAAGAGAUCAAGUUUUACUCUUACACUCAACCUUAGCAUUAAGGCUGCUUGCAUAGCAUGGGUAGGAACCUAUAAGGCUAUAACUGCAAUGGUUGUGAAGCACAAGUAAGGGUGCGUUUGGUAUGAAGGAAAAUGUUUUCCACAGAAAUGUUCUCUUGGAGAAUGUUUUCCAGGAAAAUAAGUGGGUUUCUUAUUUAUUUUCUUGUGUACGUAAGUAAAACAUAUAAUCCUAAAAGCAUAUGUAUAUAUUCUAGACAAAUACUAUGGGAGAUGGAGGCGGGGGAUAG